AUGAUAAUUUUAGUAACUGUGUCAUUACUUGUCAUGGUCAUCUCUUGUGGGGAGGCUUUACUUCAAGUUACAAUUUCMCUUAGCAAAGUUGAGCUCAGUGUGGGUGAAUCCAAGUUCUUCACAUGCACAGCCAUUGGUGAGCCUGAGACCAUAGACUGGUAUAACCCACAAGGAGAGAAGAUCGUGUCCAGUCAAAGAGUGGUCGUUCAGAAGGAAGGAGUCCGAUCCCGACUGACCAUUUACAAUGCAAACAUAGAGGAUGCUGGCAUUUAUCGGUGCCAAGCCACCGAYGCUAAAGGACAAACUCAAGAAGCUACUGUAGUGCUGGAAAUUUAUCAAAAGCUCACUUUUCGGGAUAUAGUAUCUCCACAAGAGUUCAGGCAGGGYGAAGAUGCAGAAGUUGUUUGCCGUGUUACGAGUUCUCCUGCUCCCGUUGUCAGCUGGUUGUACCGGAAUGAGGAAGUCACAACUAUUGCUGACAAUCGAUUUGCAGUACUAGCAAACAAUAAUCUCCAAAUUCUUAACAUCAAUAAAAGUGAUGAAGGAGUAUACAGAUGUGAAGGAAGAGUGGAAGCGAGAGGAGAAAUUGACUUUCGGGACAUAAUUGUUAUUGUGAAUGUUCCUCCUGCAAUCAUUCUGCUGCAGAAAUCCUUCAAUGCCACAGCAGAUCGAGGAGAGGCAAUAACUUUGUUCUGCAGAGCYAUGGGAUCACCUCUGCCGGAGAUCAGUUGGUACAGGAAUGGUAAACUUAUUGAAGAAAAUGAAAAAUAUGUGCUGAGAGGAAGCAAUACACAACUAACAAUAAGAGACAUAAAAAAUAUCGAUGCAGGUCCUUAUUUUUGUAAUGCUAAAAACAAAGCAGGAAAUGACAAAAAGCAGACAUUCCUUCAAGUUUUUGUGCAGCCUCAAAUAAUACAACUUAAAAAUGAAACUGCAUUUGAGAAUGGGAAAGCAACCCUCAUCUGUGAAGCAGAAGGAGAACCUGUGCCAGAGAUUACUUGGAAAAGGGCCAUUGAUGGAAUGACUUUCUCUGAAGGUGACAAGAGCCCAGAUGGCCGCAUAGAAGUCAAAGGGCAGCAUGGAAAAUCAUCACUGCAUAUUAAAGAUGUGAAGUUGUCAGAUUCAGGGAGAUAUGACUGUGAAGCUGCAAGUAGAAUUGGUGGGCACCAAAAGAGCAUGUACCUUGAUAUUGAAUAUGCUCCAACAUUUGUGUCAAAUCAAACYGUGUAUUACUCUUGGGAAGGCAAUCCCAUCAAUAUCAGCUGUGAAGUGAUGGCAAAUCCAUCUGCCUCAGUUCAGUGGAAAAGAGGAAAAUUAGUUUUACCUGUAAAAAAUACAACACAUUUGAAGACCUACAGUACGGGAAGAAAGCUGAUUCUUGAGAUUGCCCCCACAUCUGACAGUGAUUUUGGACGGUAUAAUUGUACAGCCACAAACAGAAUAGGAACAAGAUAUCAGGAGUAUACRCUUAGUCAAGCUGAUGUGCCAUCAAACCCSUACGGAGUGCGAGUUUUAGAGCUGUCCCAAACCACUGCCAAGGUUUCGUUCAACAAGCCAGAUUCACAUGGAGGUGUGCCCAUCCACCACUACCAAGUGGAUGUCAAAGAGGUAGCCUCGGAAACCUGGAAAAUAGUUCGCUCCCAUGGAGUUCAAACAAUGGUUGUUUUGAGCAAUUUGGAACCAAAUACAACAUAUGAAAUCAAAGUAGCUGCUGUUAAUGGAAAAGGGCAAGGAGAAUACAGCAAAAUCGAGAUCUUUCAGACCUUACCUGUCCGGGAGCCAAGCCCUCCUUCAAUUCAUGGACAACCAGAGAGUGGCAAGAGUUUUAAACUCAGCAUAACUAAACAAGAUGAUGGAGGUGCCCCYAUACUGGAAUAUAUUGUCAAAUACAGAAGUAAAGAUAAGGAAGACCAGUGGCUAGAGAAAAAAGUACAGGGUAGUAGAGACCACAUCAUCCUAGAGCAUCUUCAGUGGACCAUGGGUUACGAAGUACAAAUUACAGCUGCCAACAGACUGGGUUAUUCUGAACCAACAUUGUAUGAGUUCAGCAUGCCACCAAAGCCCAACAUUAUUACAGACACUCUUUUUAAUGGUCUUGGACUUGGUGCUGUCAUUGGCCUGGGAGUGGCAGCYCUGUUGUUAAUCCUGGUUGUGACUGAUGUCAGCUGCUUCUUUGUACGACAAUGCGGAUUGCUCAUGUGCAUCACCAGGAGGAUCUGCGGGAAAAAGAGCGGCUCAAGUGGAAAAAGUAAAGAGCUGGAAGAAGGAAAAGCUGCUUACUUGAAAGAUGGAUCAAAAGAACCAAUAGUGGAAAUGAGAACAGAGGAUGAAAGAAUUACCAACCAUGAAGAUGGGAGUCCAGUAAAUGAGCCAAAUGAGACAACUCCCCUCACAGAACCAGAGAAACUGCCACUAAAGGAAGAAAAYGGCAAAGAAGCUUUAAAUCCAGAAACCAUAGAAAUCAAAGUUGCUAAUGACAUCAUCCAGUCAAAAGAAGAUGAUAGCAAAGCAUAAUAAGAWAAACUACAGCUGUCUGGAUAAUGCAUUUGGAUUGAAGUAAUCCUGUGACCAAAACUUUACAGCUGACCUUAA